AUGGCAUGGAUGGAGCGGAUCUUGUUUUUUUUAGCCCUGCAGGGAUUUGCAAGAGGUGGUGAGUACAGUCUGUUUAUUCUUGCGUCAACACAGAUAAUCUUGGAAUACAAUAAACCAAAAACACAGAAGGAUUUAUUCACAACUUAAAGACGGGUUCGUCCAAAGUUAGAAAGAAAGAUGCUUAUUCAUUCAGACAGAUUUUCUGUCGUGCUGCAUGUUAAAAAAUAAAAAAAUAUCAUUGAAACAAAGAAGUUUUUGUGUUGAUGUGGGCCACUCGAACAUGAGGACGGUUCAGUGCGGAGUGUAAAAAGGGUCAGUUUGGGUUCAGAGAUGCUGUUUGCCUGCAUGAAUGUGAAGGAGGAAAAGAUUGAAAUCUUGGCACUGAGCUCAAAACUGUAAAAGCUGGAGACCGGCUGUUCAAACGCGGACUCUGUGAUAUAACCGUUGUUGUUGUGAGAGGAAACACCCAGUUUAUGUCUGCAGAAUACCCCACCUGAAACGAGGUCCUCUCUGUUUGGACUAAUCAGUAUCUCCUCUUGAGUUUAUGUAAAGUUAUGUUUGUUAUCUGCGAUGUUUGGCUGCACAGAGCUAUGAGGAGGUUUGAACAGGCUGAUGAAGUUUAGAUAAUCAGCUUUGAGGAGGCUGAGUUUUUAUUGUGUGCAUUUUUAUCUGGCCUCAGGCUGGGUGGAGGGCUGGAACAGAGAAAACCGGGAAUUCCAGACAGACAGCCGCUGUAGUAAAGAGAGAGGAACCCUCUAAACCCUUCAACUGUUUAUAUUCUGUGUGAAUUCUACAGCUAUACGUCCUCAUUCGACCCUGAACUCCUCUCACUAUUCUGCCUGGCUGUAAUUUCCCAUAAUUCUCGGCCCUGUUGAGAUAACGUCUCUAAGUGUUUUCCUGUGUGCAGACAGGCCUGCUUUGUGGCUGAUGUGUCACCAUGACCGGCCUCCCUCUGUUUAUUUAGCAGCCUUGAAUUUCGUUUCUUUUCUCUCAUGCUCCUCCGACCCCUCCUCUUGUACAAACAUAAAACUUUCCACUGAGCUCACAACAUUAAAGAGUAAAGCUAAUCGUUUUAAAGAUGCUCAAUUUUCCUUUUCUUUCAUGCUGCACUAAAUAUUUUCAGUGGGGGACUGCAGGAAGUUGUCAGUUUAGCAGCAGGACUCGUCUGUUUUAGAGUCGUGCUGUUGUAAUCCCUGCAGAAUGUUUUGAUUGGCAGCAAUUCAAUGGCCUAUCUCCUCUCCAAGGCGAAGGAUGCGGCAUACAUGAUUCCCAAAAUGAACAUCCAAUCUCGUCAGACAGAAGUUACCAGUUUAUCUAGAUCAUGUUAACAAAGUGUUUCCUUUCUGCAUGGUACAGUUUGAACUGCGUUUGUGGAUGCAGCAACAAAAGAGAGACACAGAUUUGUGAAAACCUACGCAGUGAUUUCCACUACAGAGUCACAUCUGUUUUCCACAUAAAUACUGGGGGGCCUGCCAGAAUAACUUUCCAGUACACUGUCCAAAAGGCUCUAAGGCGGGGUUUCCUUUGUUGGACGUUUGUGAUUGGUCAGGCACUUGCUGCAUUUUAUUUCAGCCUCUAUUCUCAGAAAUCUGAUAUCAGCUCCUCAAACCAAGGUGGUCAUUUUAUGAGGUGAUUUAACAGAAACAUGAGCUGGAGGAGGAAAACUUAACUUCUGUGGGGGUGGAUAUAAAGAAUCACAACAGAUUCAAACUGGUCUGGAGCAAAAGUAAGUGUCUCUGACAACUUAAAGUGGGACAUUAGAUUAAGAGGAGACAUUCCUGCUGAUUUACACACGAUAACUCUCACGUCCACAGGAAGUACAAGUAAUCGAGAGCUUCCUCUGACAGUUUCCUACUGGAACUCCUGAAGGGUUGACAUGACACUGACCCAGGGACAGAGGUCACCAAAACUCCUCCAAAGAGGUUUUGAAGAAAUAAAUUAGGAGGAUAAAAUUCAUUUAAAAAAUUCAGUUUUAAUGCACAAACUUAUCAUAACAGGUCGUUUUAAGUGAUGUUGGUGCAUAUGAAUUUGGUUGUGACUCCUCUGAACUCACACAGAUGUUUAUUUCUCCACAUGUCACAGAUAAAAGGACAGUUUACUGUAAUUUCAUGGAGACCUGCAUCUUACCGUGCCGUUUCCAGGUUGGAGAGGAUGUAGUCGUCCACUGGAGAGAGCUGAAAUCAGGAAACAUUGUCCUCUCCUUCUACCACAACAAAGAGCAACCGGAUAGCCCAGCCGAGCGCUUUAGAGGAAGGACAUCACUGUUCAAGAAGGUCUCUGAAGGAGACGCCUCGCUCAAGCUGAGAUCAGUGAAGGUUCAGGACGAGGGUCGAUACCAGUGCUACACCAGUUCUACAACUGGUAGUGCAAAAUUGAGAGAGAUGGACCUCAAAGUGGAGGGUAGGAGAAACACACAGAGUAAACAGGUAACAUACAGAGUAUAGAGAACAAAAAAAAACAUCUUGAAAUGUUGUUUUUUUCAGCUCUCCCUGGUAAAGUCAACAUUCAGCAGGAAGGAAACAAGAUCACCUGCAGCGCAGAAGGAGUCUACCCUUCAGCCGAGUUCACCUGGUCCACCAGCCCUCCAGUAACCCUGAACGAGACUAAAGAACCCACAGUCCAGCGGACCGAGCAGUGGCUCUACAACAUCAGCAGUUUUGUUUUAGUUUCAGAUGAUGUGAGUGAUGUGGACUACAGCUGCACCAUCAGGACUCAGAACUACAAGAGGAGAGCCACUUUAUUCAGACCAAGUACGACCUUAUGAGGACCUGCAUGUCGUGGAUCAGUCUGCCUUAAACAGUUGAUACUAAAUGUCCCUAAUUUUGUUUUCUUCAGCUCGAAUCAACAGUUCAAACACUGAAACCAUGAUCCCCUGCACUGAAAACACCACCGGGACCGCACCAACAAAACUCACCUGGAGGUUCAACCACAGCGAGAUCAUCCUGAAUCAAACCACAACCAACAUCCCCUUGGAGAAGUGGAAGAAACAUGUGAAGAAGAGUGUGUCUGAAACAGGAGACCUCAUUCUACAAGAUCUAACACCAGAUCAAGACGGAGUAUACAGGUGUGAACUGAGCACUGCUGAGGAGACUUGGGUCAGGAAUACCUUUCUGAAGGUUAUACCAGGUGAGAUCCAGAUGAGUUUUACAUUGUUCAUCAACUCUAUUAUCUGAUGUGACCUUGAAGAAGCAUUUCUUGUUCUCAUUGCUUUUUUGGGUUGGGUUUGUAAAGAGUUUAACGGACAGUCUCUUUCUUGUUUCAGACAACCCACUUUCCGCCACAACAGCAAUUGUAAUCGGGUUAGUCGUAUUCAUCCUGGUUUUGAUUGGAGUCAUCGUGUUAGCAUGGCAUUUAUGCACAGGAACACAGCAACAAUAAUCAGGGUGAAGCUAACCGAGUGUAAGUAUGAACAUUUAUCAUAUCAGUAUAACAGCACUGCUAUACUGGACUCUAAAACGCUGCUUUUGUUGCCUUUCACUACAUUGCUUCCAACAAAGUCCUAAAAAGUAGACUCUGAGUGUGGCUUCUUCAGUGUACUUAUCUUUGUUUGUGGUGUAUAUACAAAAAAACUUUUAAUAUCAGUCAAUAGAAUAUUAGUCAUUGAUGACAUUUGGUAAUAUAACGAUAUCGCUGUGUUCUCUGUAGCAAAAACUACAGGGUAAAACAAAAGUCUGUCAUCUGCAUAUAAAUGUUUAAAGCAUGACUUUUAAAGAGAAAUAAUAUCAUAAAUAUAGAUUCAAAAAGUACCUAAGAUGGAUCCCUGUGGCACACCAUUGGUUUUCAUCACUGAUUAGCUAUCAUUGUCACAUAUUUUCAUUGCACAUUGGUGGGUUUUGAUGAUAUUUUUCACUCUGUGGUUCGAAUAUUUCUACCUGCUAUUCUCUGACCAGUUUCAAGAAAUGAACUCUUUCCAUGUUUUUUUUUCAAGGCGUUUUCAAGGCCAAUAAAGAGUGAGGAAGUGAGUGAAGACAUGCACCUGUGAAGCUGAAACCUGAUGGGAUGAUGUAGGAAAGAUCCAGCAUCUGUACACAGCGACUUCCUACUUCAGAAUCCACCAUGAAAUGACUCUAUCUGGAAUACUUUUAUGAAUUUCAGGUUUUGGUCAUGAAUUCUGGAGACCUGGGAGACUAUGAAGACGAGGAGAAACACCCUCCCAUCACUCCAUGAUGAAGAGGACUGUCCACACUGAGAUCAUAUGAAACGAAUGGCUGCACAGAUCUGAGAUGGCUGGCCUUUAUGAGGAGUUUUCAGCUCCCCCUCCUGGAGAUGUCGGGGGAAAUGGAUCUACAGUUUCAACAAAUAAAGAGACUGUGACGGCUCUGUGAUCUGCCUGCUUCGUCUCAGUGCCCCCCAGGAGGCAGGGGGCCAUCCUGAGCAGACCACACCUUAGGUUGUGGCUUCAUCAAUAAAAGGCUGCCUCAAUCAGUCUGCUCUUUCUCUCUGGUGGUUGAGCAGCUGACUGCUGCUAAGGCCUACAGUCUGUUGCUAAGGCCUACAGUCUGCUGCUAAGGCCUACAGUCUGCUGCUAAGGCCUACAGCCUGCUGUGUUUUGGUGGUUAUUUCCUGAGAUACAUAUAUACCGGUACACAUAAACACACACACACUGCACUUGAUGCAACACAAACACACGUCAUGUUCCAUUUGGGUUAUCUUAGUUCAAUAAACACUGAAGAUCCUCAGAGCCUCUGUGUGUCCUCUCUGCUUUGUUUCGACCUAAGAGUCAGGGUUGUAACACAUGGGGGCUCGUCCAGAAUCCUUCAGAAUCCUGGAUGGUAGUGUUGCUUGGUCGGCUACAACUCUUGUGUUGUAUUGUUGGAUUGGAUUCAUCAGUGGUCCGUUGUGGUUAAGGAGCAGUUAAGUUGAAGUAAGGCCCUCAAAGACUCCAUCUUGAGUACAAUUAAAGACUGUUUGGUGCAGGUUGGGGUGUUUCCUGCGACUGUUGAAGGCGGUGAUGCUGUAAGUGCAUCAACUCCUGCCUCACUUGCAGUUUUUUUCUCAGGUUAGUCCCUGAGUUGUGUCUUUGACUUUUGAGCAGCAAAAAGAGUUGUUGACCCUGCAGCAUGAGUUGGAAAUAUAACGUGAGGAUAAGACUCAGGAGAGGGCCCAGGUUCUGCGUGCUCAGGUCUAUGCUGUUGAAUUGGAGAUACUGAAACACACCGUCAGUCUACAUGAGGCUGAAUUACUUCAGCAGAAGAAACAGCAACAAUUUGAACGCUACAAACUGGAUUUGUUAAAGAAGAGAAAGAUGGUUUAUCCAGCGGGGGUCCAUGGAGCUGGUGGGUCACCAUAUUUUGAUGUGUCUACUUGUUUACAGUUGGUACCAAAAUUCUCAGAGCGGGACCCCAACCCUUUUUUCAUUUUUUUUAUGUUUCAUAACAAAAAAAACAACCUGUCUACACAACACUAAAGCACUUCUGUUCUGCAGUGGGAAUGUAAAACUGAAAAAAAGGGAGUGGAAACCAAAACAUAGCCCUCUGUUCUGGUUUUAAGCCUCAUCCAGUCUGAUAAAUCUCACACUUCAGUACUGGCAGCAUUAUUUUUUUUUUUGUUUUUUUUUCAGGGACCAGUUUAUGCACCGUGUUGUUGUUGUCCUUUAACUCUUAUUGGAGUAAAUGGUAAAGAAGCAGAAACAAGAAUUUAAGCAGUAGGAGCUGAAUUUUGCUUGUAAAUAUCUGAAAAGUACGAGUUAGAUGAGACAGUGAUGAAUGUUAAAGCCACAGCUUCAGGCUUAAUGGAUGUACAGAGCAUCACGAACAAGAGAGUGCACGACAACAGCUGAUAUGGGAGUUUGUGAAACACGCUGAGUUUACAGAGUCGACAUGCUGGUUGUCUUCUGGGACAGCUGGACCAAAAACCAAAUAUAUCUGCACACAACAACAACAACAACAACAACAAUACCUGCUCUAACUCUGUCCUCUCUCUCUCUCCUACUAUCUCUCUUAGCUGCUGAGUUAUUUACAAAACUUGUUUGGUGCUAGUUUGUCUGUUCUGAGCUACUGUAGAAAUAUGGCGAUGCAACACAGCAGCCUCUGGAGCGAAGUGAAAGACUUAUUUUCAGUCUUCAGAAAUGAAAAGAUUAUGAUAUUCUUUAGUUAAAGCAGACAUUUCUUUCCCCUCUCUGGUACGAGGGUAUCUCUGGUGUCACCUGCUGCAGCUUUACAUUAAAUUCAGGAACCUGGAUGAACUCGGUCAGUUUCCAGUUUGAAUUUGUCAGUAUUUAGAGAUUUUUUAUUUAUAUUUUCAUACAAAAAUCUACUGUGGAUUAUUUGCUUUUGUUCUGUAUGAAUACAAUAAUUGAAAUCAUGUCAGUGUGCGUCACAUGAAUCUCAACAAAUGAAAAAAAUAGUUCCGUUGACUUUAAUAAUAAAUUUCCUCUCAUCUUGUUGUGGGAUAAAUUUAAAAUUUCAUGAAUUAAAGUUCAAUUCUUAUAAGAGUAUCUUUCUCUAUUAUUAUUGAUGACAAUAAUGAUGGUGUUAAAUCAGUUAUUAUAAUAGUUUUCAUGAUUACUUUUAAGGGGGAGUUGUUUUUUUCAUGAGAUGAGUCAUUUUUGACUGAUUAAUCUUCAGGCCAUUACAUUUUUAUCGGUAAACUCGAUCCUUGAUACUUGAAAGUUGCUUGAUGUAUUUGCUUUUACUGUAAACGAUGUGUUAGGAAUAUCAGAAAAAAAUCGAGGUAUCUGUUUUAUUUAUAUCUUUAUUCAAACCACACAAAAUAAAAUCAGAGUAACAAUAAACUUCUACUAUUUUCCACAUCAAAUUUAAGUUAAAAAAAACAAACAAACAAACGAGCACAGCUUUUGAAAAGGUUGGCAAACCAAAAUACUGUGAAGUUUGUUAUAUAAGUCACACCAUUAUGCUGCUUUGCUUCAAGUUCACAAUGUGCCGCCUGUGUUGUGCCACUGUUAUUUUUAUAAAAACAGUAGAUGAGUAGAUGGUGGUUUAAAUGGACCCGCUGUCUGUGACCAGUUCAUCUGCUGGUCAAACAACUUGGAUUAAAACAAUAAUUUCAAUCAAACCAGCACUCUAAAUGUACUUUUUGUUUUACCUUUUACCUCUAAAUGUGAGAUCAGGAGGGGAAAGAUGCCCCUCAACAAAGCUAAGGCUAGAUUACAGCGCCAUCUUCUGGACACAGCCCGCUUUUAGAGUUGAAAAAGUACAAAGAGCACUGUGUUUAACAAACUGAUGAUAAAUUAAAAGCAAUAAACUUCAUGAUUUCAACUCCAACAUGGAUUUGUGUGUGUUUGUGUGUGUUUGUUUGUGUAUGUUACACCAGGCGGGCGUUCUCCUCUCUGUAGUUGUGUGGGUCUCCUUUAAAGGGCAGGUGUGGAGGGUGGUUACAGAUUCCCAUGAGGAAGAUGAUGAUGGUGCCGAGGGUCAUCACCGGGGUAACCAGAAAGAGACAGAGGCGGUCCACCGUGCGAGCGAUACCGCUCCAGUUAUCUUUCUCCUGCAGACACAGAAGUCAGAGUGUCAACAGAAGGGCUGAGCUGACCAGGAUCCUUAUGGGUCAGACACUUAAAGGGAUAUUAUAUUACGCCAGAGCAUCCCUUUAAUACUGACAAAUACAAAUGAACACCACUACCCUCCACGGUUCAUCAUGUUUUUCCCCUCCCUCUCACCUCAUUGUAGUCGUUCUUGUUGCGCAUGUGUUUGAUGAUAUAGUUUGCCCCGUCCACAGCCGGCUUGAUCUCCCCGUACAGCUGAUCUGUCACACCUCCAUCCUCCUGAGGCUUCACAACUGCACAAAAACACACACAACAGAGAGAGUGGAAAGAAAUUAAUAUCUGGAUUAUAUAAAAGUUUUCAAGACUCCUCGAAUUCCAACGCCCCUCAUAUUAAAUGUAGACGGGAAAGGGAGAUUUGGUCAUAUCUGAGGGGGAACGGGAAGAUAUCUGUAAAUCACAGUGGAAAACCACAAAUUCACAUAGCUGAUGGAAAUUUUGGAUUGAAAAACAUCAUGAGAUUUUUUAUAACACCGGCUCAGAAGAAACAUCAAGGUGGUGGAGCAACUUAUCGGAGGAUGUGUGGUUCGGGUUUAGCUAACUAUUACCAUUUAUUUUGGGAUUGCCUGAAACUUUUGUCUUAUUGGUGUGAUAUUCAUGAUUGUCUGGAACACAUAUUUUAAAGUACUAUACAAUUUGAUGUCAGCUUAUUGUAUUUUGGUACCAUGGGAAUGCAUAUUCAAGGAAUAGCAGACAAAUAUCUAAUGAAGAUAUUACUGAUUGGAGCAAGGAGACGAUAACAAGGAAGUGGUUACUCGGGCCCGACCGAUAUGGAUUUUUCGGGGCCGAUACUGAUUAUUGGGGGGGGGGACAAUUACCGAUAAUUGGCCAAUUUUUUAAAAUCUUUUAUGAAGUUAAAAGAAAUACAUAUAUACUGUAGAUAUACUGUAGGCUACUGCUCUUCACGCCUACAGGAAGACCGACUGAUCAAACUCAGACCAGAAAAGCGUUUUCAACUACGCCAUCGUUUUCGCUGCGCCAUCUACAGGAUAAGUUGGGUAACUUUUCAAAUGGCGGAAUAUUUUCGAAGUGAAACGGAAUCUUAUUCUACGCAUUUUAUUUCUAAAAAAUAAAAUGCUCGCUGAUAAAUCGGUCGGGCCCUAGUGGUUACAACCCAACUCACCAACCCUGGAAGACUGGCAAGAACUGUUCACGAAAUUUACACAAUAGAGAGACUGACAUUCGCUCUGAGACGCCAGUCGGAGACAUUUAAGAGACGUCGGUGGAAAUGAAUCAGAUAUAUAAGAGCACGGAGACCUGAACUGCUGUAAAUACCUCUGAUACAUGAAGUACCAGACUAUUAAACUACUCGGACAACUGAAAACUGAUAUUGGUAGAUCCUGUGGAAAAAGAGGAAAUGUGACAUCCAUUGUUCAAAUGUUCUUACUUUACAUAUUAUAGAAUGAAAGGGAGUGUAAUAGACUGGAGAAUAUGUUAGUCUAAUUGGGCAUGUUGAAUCUGUUGUCGAAUCUGUUGCCGUGACAAUGUCCUUGUUUGGAAAAAUAAAAGGAAGAGCUGAACAUGGGCUACAGUUUUCAGGAGAGCCAAGAGGUUGGGCCUAAAAGAGAGCCUAAAGACUGUGAAGACUAGACUCGUAUUCUUUAGAGUGACGCAGAUUUUGUAAAAAGGAUUCCAGCGAGUCUUCACAUCAGAAAAGAUGACAGAGUUGAUCCAGUACUGAGACGAAUGAUGAGACAUACUCGCUGCGUGUGUGGGUCGUGCCGUCAGUCCGUGUCUCACUGAUUGCCUCUCAAACAUCAAAUCGCUGCGGGACUUGACGCUGUAGUACUCCUCUGCCGAAGCAAUGUAGCCCACUGAGCUGGAUCGCCGUGGCAACGCUCCAUCCCAGUACGGCUCCGCCUCCUCAGGGCGGGACAUACGCAGGAGACGGGGCAGUCGCUCCAGGAAGAACUAAACAGAGAGCAAUCGAUAUCAGGUUUAAAGCUGCUAUCUCAACAGUCUUUCGGUUUAAAUGCAUGUGUGCUGACUUUUAUCAUGAGUGUGUCUGUGUGUUUGUUACCUUUUUGGUCCACUCAGACAUGACAUGUGUGCUUGGUGUCCUGAAGUGCAAGUUUAGGACGACCACACAGUUCAGCACCACCACUGUCACCAAAACCAUGAUGAACAUCAGAUACCUAAAACACACAAACACAAACGCCUCAGACUUCUCUUCUCCCUGUUUCUCAUAUUUGUUCCUAAAAUACUCCACAAAGAAGAAAUUAGAAUUGAUCCAAAAUCACCAAAAAAUAUUCAGUCAGAAUAUCCUCCUCAAUGAUUAAAAACAACCCUGUUCUCUUUCCUUGAAAAAUCCAGUUGGUCCUCUGUCACUAGGGCUGGGCGAUAUGGGAAAAAGUUUAUCACGAUAUAUAUUUAUUUACAUCAGUCAAUAUUGAUUUGUAUCCCGAUAUAAAAAAAAAACACCCAUCAAUCUUGAAUAUUCUUUGUUCCGGAUCCGAUGCGCCGCCACCAUCGGAGGAGAAGUGCUCGCAGGAUUACAGAUAUUUCUCGCAAGACUGGACGAGAUCUCACGAGCUCUCGCGUGUUUCCCCGGGAGUCAUAGAAUGAGAUCCGCCAAUCGGUGGAUAUAAACAGCGUUGUAUAUAAACACCCACAUCCCACAACCCUGGCCUCUUCUAUAAUCAAGUUAAGAACAGUUCGAUGGAUUGACUUUCUUUUAUUUUGAAAAUUAACCGGAUAUUUUACUCUGUAACCGCUUACAACUUCCGCUGCUGCUCGUGCUGCGCUGCACUGAAUUGAUGCGCCGUGCUCCGGCAUCCGGCAAAAAUAGAAGCCUUGCGUAUCUGAUCUGGCCAUCAGAGUCGUGCCGGAGCGGAGCCGUUCCGGAUCCUGUGGGUGUUGCCCGUUACAUGUAUUUAACAUAAUUUGCAGCGCAGAUUACUCUCCUUCAUGUCUGACUUCAAAAAACCAACAUUCCUCCACACCACCAACAUUUUUGUGCCAGUGUUGCCGACGAUGUCAUCUUCUGUUGAGCCUUCAGUUGCAUUUCUGCCGGGGGUAGCACUCAUUUUCUUUUUUUCCUCACCAACAGUGCUGUAGUUGCGUGUAGCUGCAGCCUGCUACGGCGCAGUUGUUUGCUACUCGGUUUAAAUUCAGCACAUGAUUGGUUCAGCGCAAAGCAGCUCCCCUUUGCAUUUGCUAUUCGUAUAGUCUACCAAAACAUGGGAGAAUACCGACAAUCAAAAAGUAUAUUGACCAUGUUUCAUAUCAAUAAUGAGGAAAAUCUAUCGUUAUCGUUUUAUCACCCAGCCCUAACUGUUAAAUCAGGAUUUGAUACCUACUUGACAAUAAGUGGAACAGACAUGGACGUUUCUGGCAGCCUUUGGGAAAUCAGCAGCAGGAAGACAGACUGAGCCAGCAGCACUGAGAUGGACAAGGUCAUCUUCUCACCACCUAAAAGGCAACACAUGUACUACAUGUUAAUAAAGUUCUGAAAGUUUGUUAAGUCGUUUACCAAUAACUGUGUCAUUAGAUUGGUUGGAAAUGAAUUUACUGUCAGGAGAGUAGAAGUUAAAAUGUCACAUCUCAAAAAAGAAUAUUUAUCACAGCCUCAGGAGUUAUGCUGCGUUCCAGUUGUACUUGGAAGUCAGAAUUUCCGAGCUCCCAGUCGGAAAUUCACCUGAAAUGCCCCCCUAAAGUCGGGUUUCUGACUCGGAAAGUCGGACGAUCCAACUUUCCGAGUAAGAGUAACAGUAAAAACUCUCGUAAUGUAUUGUUUCUUAUCAUUUAUUAGCGCCUCUGUUUUGUUUUCGUGAAAUUAAAUAAGUGUUCUAUGAUGUACUGCUGAACAUCUAACUUUGAACACGGUGCUAUGGUGUUUGUAAGAGUAAAAUACUGUGUUGCACAUUGUUUACAACUGGUAUUGCUAACAACAACUAACAACAGCUGACAACAGCCAACAACAGCUGACAGUUGUAAACAACAGCUAACAGUAGGCAUCCAUCUUGGUUUUACGACUUGUUAACUGGAACACCAUCAACUCGGGUGUAGCGCCAUUCCCAACUCC